GCCCGCCUUUCUAACGCUCUGAUUGGUCAGACUUGAAAGCUUCUGCCAGCCCACUAUGGAGGAAGUUGUGUUCUCAUUGGUUAUUAGGCGGCAGUCAUUUGUGACAACACAGCCGGCUCAAGGGCACACAGACGGAUCGCAGAACUAAACAAACGUCGCUGCUGAACAUUACGUACUCAACAUCGAAAACAACAUCGUACGCUACUGCAUCGGUUGAAAUGUUACAAUAUUAACGUUUUGUGGAUAUAUUACAUUUUUGGCCGAGCCCUUGCAUGCCACCUUUCCCUGUAAUUCCCUGGAUGGAUCCCGGGGCUUCCUCCCCACCCUCCACGGUGGUAGCUGGCCCCUCCUCUUUGUGGCGGCUGGCCGAGAGGCGAACACGCAAGGCUGGCUCGGGGAACAUUUUCAGCAACGUUAACCUGUGGCAGCUUCAGAGACUUUUUAGAGCGGCUGGGGACCAGGACGCCGAGCAGAGGGCACAGCUGGUUUGGGCACACAGGGACGAGUCUGAACUGGCCCAGGCCUUGAUAGGACUCAGGGCACGGAGUCACCGCAGAGGGCUGAGGACAAAUGGGAGGGACACACUGGGGGCACACUGGCUGCGUGCCUUCAAUCAUCUCAGGAUCGGGGAGGGCUUCCAAAGUAGCCAACAAAAGAACUCUGCAGAUGAGAAGGAUUCCGAAGCAGGUUCUCACAGCAUCGAAGAGCCAUAUCAGCACACAAAUGAGACAACAGCAAGACCUACAGGGACCACCGUGGUACUAAAUGAAAGCCAAGGCCUCAGAGGUCUAUGUGAGAGACCGGGUCGAGCCGGUUCAGGCCUGAGGCGAGGAGACAACGACCCCGAGAGAUACCUCCACAGAAUAAUUCACUGAAUAGCCGGAAACCUCAGGGAGACAUCUGGAACUUCUGCACAUAAUCUUAGGCAGAAGAACCAAGUUUGAUUAACUUCUAGGAAGUCUUCACUGCUAGUUGGCAAUAUAGCAGCACUACAAGUAUACAAAAACACUAAAUAAAGAAUAUUUGUCAGCAUAGGAGAAUUAGAUUUUUUAAAUGUGUAAUAAAGUCUUUAUUGUGUUUUCUCCUGA